CAGCCCUAGGGAUCAUUUGCAUUAUAUUCGCCUUGUUUUGAGGAAGUAAUGAGGCUUUGCUGCCUGUUUGGGAAAAGUCUACCUGCUGUUCUUGACAUUUAUUUGUGAGAACAUCUGUGUUUAGUAUAAAAUAAUAAACGAGUGCCAGGUGCUGGAUAUUUUUUUUAUAUAUAUAUAUUUUUUUUUUUGCCCUAGGCUUUUUGCACGUGUAAUGGAGGCUAUAGGUGCUGUGUGGUCUGGCACUCUUAUUGUACUCUUUCAGGGGGUUUCAUACGUAUUUGCAGAGGAGACACUUUUGCAUGCGGAGAAAAGCACAGUGAAUUUCAGUUAUGGAAGUGCAAGAGAUGAGGAGGUCUACAGUAAUGAAGGCAAUCACAUGGAUAUUAUAGUGAAUUCACCACCACAGUUUUCUAAUCUCUUGGUUGAGGAGUUCCAAAGCUCUUCAGAAGGUCGAAGGAGAAGAAAGAGAGAGUGGGCUAUUCCUCCUUUUACUGUACUUGAAAACGAUAAAAGUGCUCUCCCAAAAAUUCUGUUUAAGUUAAAGGCAAACUUAGAUGGUGUACCUGAUGAAGAUAUACGCUACAGUAUCACAGGUGAAGGGGCAGAUCAGCCACCUGUGGGGAUUUUCACUGUUACCUCGAUGUCAGGGAUUGUCAAGGUGACUCAGCAACUGGACAGAGAAAAAAAGGCUUUAUACCUGCUCAUGGCUCAUGCUAAUUCAGUUAAAGGAAUAAAAGAGAAACCGACCAACCUUACUAUCAUUGUAGCUGACCAGAACGAUAAUAGGCCUGUGUUUGUUGAAAAUCCUUUUAAUGGACACGUUUCUGAAUCUGCUACAAUAGGUCAUGAGUUUAUGGCAGUCACAGCCACUGAUGCUGAUGACCCAGAUACUUUUAACGCUGAUGUCAGAUACAAAAUUGUUAGCCAAGAUCCAUUAUUACCAAAUCCAAACAUGUUUGAAAUCAACUUGGUUACUGGAGGAAUUUAUGUAAAAUUCUUAGGUCUAGACAGAGAGCAAUUGUCCAGAUAUACUUUGGUAAUUCAAGCUGCAGAUCUUCAAGGAGAUGGUAUGAUGACCACUGGCACAGCAGUUAUUACUGUUACUGACAGCAAUGAUAACGCACCUCAGUUUGACGAAACCACGCACAUCGUAUCUGUCUCAGAGAAUCAAGUAGCGGCUAUAGUGGCCAAACUUCCAGUUAUUGAUGCAGAUGAACUUGGAUCACCAGCCUGGUCCACCAAGUAUCGGAUCAUUAGUGGUGACAAGGGUGGGUUUUUCAAUGUCAGCACUGGACCCAGCCGUCUAGAGGGCGUCAUAAUGACUGUAAAGCCUUUGGACUAUGAGAAGACCAAGCAGUGCAUUCUGUCUGUGAUUGUUGAGAACGAUGAUAAAUUUGUUGGUCCUUUGCCUACUUCAACUGCCACAGUCACUGUAAAUGUAGAAGAUGUGAAUGAACCGCCUGAGUUUAUUCCAAAGGAGCAGAUUAUUUCCAAACCUGAAGAUUUACCAGUUGGUAGUGAUGUGGUUGUUUACACAGCCACUGAUCCAGACACUGGGAGACUGCAGAAGAUAACGUAUAAAAUUAGCAAUGAUCCUGCUGGCUGGCUAACUGUGAAUCGGGAGACUGGACUGAUUAAAAUUAGAAACUCUAUGGAUAGAGAGUCUUCCUAUGUCAGAGAUGGCAAAUACAGAACUACUAUUUUGGCCCUGGAUAAUGAUGAUGACAAUCCAGCAACUGGUACAGGAACCCUGGUAAUUAAAGUGGAGGAUGUAAAUGACAAUGCUCCUGUUAUUAAUGAAGAACAUAUACAAAUUUGCAAUCGGGAGGCCACAGUCCUUCUCUCUAUAACGGACACAGAUGGACCUCCUUAUGCUGCUCCUUUUAGCAUUAGCCUCCUAGGAGACACCAAGAAAAACUGGACUGCGGAAAUGAACGAAAACAAAACUGGGAUUCUGUUGACGCUUAAUACUGUGUUGGAACCAGAUGUUUACAAUUUAGUCCUAAUGGUUUAUGAUAACAACGAAAACCAUAAAAACAGCUCCAUUCAAGCAAGUGUAUGUGACUGCAAAGGCAAUGAUAUUGUGUGUGGAAGAAUUGCAGUAAUGCCACUCCAUGGAGCUUUGGGAAUUCUGGGAGGCUUCUUGGUCCUGCUAUUACUCCUUCUGCUGGUUCUACUGUUCAUGAGGAGAAAACACAGAAGCAUAAAGGAGCCACUCAUUCCUGAAGAUUAUGAAAUAAGAGACAACAUCUACUGUUAUGAUGAGGAAGGCGGUGGAGAAGACGAUCAGGACUUUGAUUUGAGUGUGCUGCAUCGAGGCCUGGACAACAGACCAAAUGUGUACAGGAACGACAUUUGUCCUAUUUUUUUGUCAGCACCUCAGUAUAGACCUCGACCAGCCAGUUCUGAGGACAUCAGCACAUUUGUUGAUCAUAACCUGAAGACUGCAGAUAAUGACCCCACAGCUCCUCCCUACGACUCUCUGCUGGUGUUUGACUAUGAAGGAGUAGGUUCAGAUGCAGGUUCACUCAGCUCCCUCAACUCUUCCAGCUCAGAAAAUGACCAAGACUAUGACUUCCUCAAUGAGUGGGGCCCACGCUUCAAGAAGCUGGCAGAUUUGUAUGGAAGAGAAGAGGAUUAAAUGUUCAAUUCAAUUAAAUUCAAUUCAAUUCAAAAUGUAAAUCCUGCUUUAAACACAACAUCAAGUCUUUCUGUAAUGCUCUGAGGGUUUCAACUCAGAGAAUGUCAGCAGCCUAGUGUCAAUAACAUACAGUGUUCAAAGGCAUUGAGGAUGUUUACAAGUCCCAAAUAUGUGACAAUUUUAUAUACAUUUUUACUUAGAGGGGACCUAUUAUGCCCCUUUUUACAAAUGUAAAAUAAGCCUAUGAUGUCCCAAGAGUAUAUGAAGCUCAAAAUACCAAACAAAUAAUUGUAUAACUUGAAACGGCAACUUUUAGGUUUUGGUCCAAACUGUGCUAUUUUAGUGAUAGUUGCUUUAAAUUCAAAUGAGAUUGUUAUUCUUUGCAAAUGAGGGUGGAGCUACAAAUGCCUGUAUGUCAGCAUAGGGGCAGAUUCAAAACAGAACUAAUGUUUUCUCUGUGAAAAACUGAAAUUGUCAAAAGAAGUGACUUAGAAAAGGCAGUUAGUGGAGACUACAGUGUUCAUUUGUGCAUCCGAAAACACAACAUUUAUAAUACCUUUUAUGCUGUGUUCACACCAGACACAGAAUGCACCAAUAAAUGCUAUUCUUACAUAAAUAGGCACGUCAACAUUUUGUUUACUCGCUUUAAUCCCGUAUCAAAUUCACUUCACAAUAGAUGCGGAUUUGCAUCAUGAGCUGGGCUUCUAUCUGCCCGAUGACUCUAGCUUCAUUGCUAAAUGGCUAACAUGGAUUUCAUUGAAAGAAUAGCUGUGUUUAUGUGGUUUAGGUAUGCUAAGAAAUAGCAUAAAUUCGUUUGGCGCCAUGUCCAAGUGCACUAGAUCAUUUCAGAGAUGCACCUAGCUUUGACACUUCAUCUGCGUCUUGUGAACGCAGCAUCAGUCACUAAAAUUAUCUUCAGCAGGUUUGAUGAAAACUCUAAAGGCCAAUGGCUGCUUCUCACGCAGGACUGUAUAUGCUAAUGAGGGAGAGAUCAUCACUAAUGGACGGGGCUUUCCCUUUCUGAUGACACAUACAAAGGGAGAAUGUCAAUUAAA